AUGAAAAUGGAAAUGUUCCCCAACGAACGGGCUCUUCUAGGAUACAUGCUUGCCAAAAUUCAUAAGAUUGACCCUGAUGUUGUAGUGGGCCACGACAUCUAUGGGUUUGAUCUGGACGUGUUGCUCCACAGAAUCAACGCCAACAAGAUUCCUCACUGGUCUAAGCUUGGCCGUCUUAAGAGGACAAAAAUGCCCAAACUUUCGACUCAUCCUGGAGGGCGUGGAAUCACCGACAAAUAUAUCACCUGUGGCCGUCUCUUGUGCGAUGUUAAGAUCUCUUCUAGAGAGCUCAUUCGCAGUCGAAGCUACGAUCUCACUGAGCUUGCAAAUGUGAUACUUAAACAAAAACGUAUGGAGCUUGACUACGAACAAGUGAAAAAUAUGUACCAGACAACAAAACACUUGCUACAGUUGGUGGAACUGACCCUAGUUGACUCUACGUUAAUUCUGGGGAUAAUGUACGAACUGAAUGUCCUGCCUUUGGCUCUGCAAAUCACAAACAUCUGUGGAAAUGUAAUGACAAGAACACUGAUGGGAGGAAGAUCAGAGAGGAAUGAAUAUCUACUACUUCAUGCCUUCACAGAGAAAAACUUCAUUGUCCCGGAUAAAGAGUACAAGAAAAAAGUUGCUACAGCAACAGUGGAGGAGGAAGAUGGCGAAGAGAAGGCUCCAACAAAGGGACGCCGAAAGCCAGCAUACGCAGGUGGCCUGGUGUUGGAACCUAAACGAGGUUUUUACGACAAGUUCAUCCUACUUCUGGAUUUCAACAGUUUGUACCCCUCUAUCAUCCAGGAGUAUAACAUCUGUUUCACGACUGUGAAACGCUUGGACAAGGAAAGACAGAAAAAUGAAGGAGAAGAUGAUAUGUUUGCUGAGUUACCAGAACCAGACCUGGAACCAGGUAUCCUUCCAACAGAGAUUAGAAAAUUGGUCGAGAGCAGACGACAAGUGAAACAGUUAAUGAAAGGCGACAUUUCUCACGAUCAGUAUACACAGUAUGAUAUCCGUCAGAAGGCCCUGAAAUUAACAGCCAACAGUAUGUAUGGCUGUCUAGGCUUCACAUUCUCAAGGUUCUACGCAAAACCUCUGGCAGCUCUCAUUACAGGAAAAGGACGAGAAAUUCUGAUGAAAACCAAGGAUUUAGUUCAAGGAAUGAACCUAGACGUGAUCUAUGGUGACACAGAUUCCAUUAUGGUUAACACCAACUGUACAGAUCUGGAUGUGGUGUUUAAACUUGGCAACAAGGUGAAAGGUGAGGUAAACAAACUUUACCGGCUUCUAGAAAUCGACAUAGAUGGCGUUUUCCAGUCCAUGCUUCUCCUCAAAAAGAAAAAAUAUGCAGCAUUAAAUGUGACCAAGGGUGGAGACGGUAAAUAUACAACACAUCGAGAACUGAAAGGUCUGGAUAUCGUGAGACGGGACUGGUCAGACUUGGCGAAGGAAGCGGGAAACUUUGUUGUUGAUCAGAUCCUUUCUGGCGAGUCCAAAGAAACAGUUGUGGAGAAUAUUCACAACAAAUUGAUGGAAGUUGGAGAGAAGGUGAAGGACAACCAGUUACCAGUCGGACUUUUCUACAUAACAAAGGCAUUAACAAAAAACCCAGAAGACUAUCCAGACAAGAAAAGUCUACCUCAUGUGCAGGUGGCCAUGAGAUUCAAUAGCAAGGGAGGCAAGAAGAUGAGGGCUGGAGACACCGUACCAUAUAUCAUCUGUCAGGAUGGUUCCACUUUGGCAGCUUCACAGCGAGCCUAUCAUCCCGAGGAACUGGCAAAAAGUGACACACUUACAGUUGAUGCCAAGUAUUAUCUGGCCCACCAAGUUCAUCCUGUAGUAUCCCGCCUCUGUGACCCUAUAGAGGGUACAGAUGCUGCCCAUCUGGCUGAAUGUCUAGGACUAGACCCAUCAGGAUAUAAGCACACAAGUCGUACUCAGGACGAGGAGGAAGAAGAUGCCUUACUGGGGGGUACAGAUGUGUCCGAUGAGGAAAAGUUCAAGGAUUGUGACCGCUUCAAGUUUAAAUGUCUGAAUAUAAACUGUGGGCGAGAAAUCAUCUUUGAUAGUGUGUUUACUGGAGCGGAACAGGAAAUUGAUUGUUCUCUCGCCAAGUGUCCGAACCCUCAGUGUAAAAACUCGCCAAAUGAGAGUGUGCCACAGAUAGCCAACCAGCUGGUUAACACCAUACGCAAACACAUCCGUAAAUAUUACGAGGGUUGGUUGAAAUGCGAUGACACAACAUGUGGUCAUGUGACGCGGAGACUUCCACUGAUCUUCCAGAGAAGCCAUCCAGUCUGUCCUGCUUGUCAAAAAGGACAUUUGAAUACAUGUUAUACAGACUCCAUGUUAUACAACCAGUUAUGUUUCUACCAGCAUGUGUUUGACAUCGACAAGGCAAGGAACCAACUAUCUGAUAGAGAGAGAGAAUUUGCGAACAUCAAGUCUCAGGAAUUUGUUUCAAAUUAUAACAAGCUGAAGGAUGUGUCAUCACGAUGGUUGAAACAGAAUUCUUAUUCCGAUGUGAAUCUUGACUCGUUAUUUGAAGGACUCUAUGUACAAAAGAAAACUAUUCCUAGUUAAUCAAGUUUUAUGUUGUUAUGAGGAACG